UUGGGGUGGUGGUUGCUCCUGUGGUCCGCCAAGAUGCAGCUGAAGCCGAUGGAGAUUAAUCCCGAGAUGCUGAACAAAGUGUUGGCCAGGCUGGGGGUCGCCGGCCAGUGGCGCUUCGCGGACGUCCUGGGGCUGGAGGAGGAGACUCUGGGCUCCGUGCCGUCCCCUGCCUGCGCGCUGCUGCUGCUGUUUCCCCUCACGGCCCAGCAUGAGAACUUCAGGAAAAAACAAAUUGAGGAACUCAAGGGACAGGAGGUUAGCCCUAAAGUGUACUUCAUGAAGCAGACCAUCGGCAACUCCUGCGGUACCAUUGGGCUGAUCCACGCCGUGGCCAAUAAUCAAGACAAGCUGGAAUUUGAGGAUGGAUCAGUCCUGAAGCAGUUUCUUUCGGAAACGGAGAAGAUGUCCCCUGAAGACAGGGCGAAGUGCUUUGAGAAGAAUGAGGCCAUUCAGGCAGCCCAUGACUCCGUGGCCCAGGAGGGCCAGUGUCGGGUAGAUGACAAAGUGAAUUUUCAUUUUAUUCUGUUCAACAAUGUGGAUGGCCACCUCUAUGAACUUGAUGGGCGAAUGCCCUUUCCAGUGAACCAUGGCACCAGUUCCGAGGACUCUCUGCUGCAGGACGCUGCCAAGGUCUGCAGAGAAUUCACUGAACGUGAGCAGGGAGAGGUCCGCUUCUCCGCCGUGGCCCUGUGCAAAGCCGCCUAAACCGCGCCGGAGCAAACCAGCCACUCCCCUUCCCCCGGGCAGGCCCACACAGCCCUGCGUUUGACCUGCAGCUUUAGCACGUAUAACCACAGCUGUCGUCUUACGUUCCACAGCCCCGUCACCUCCACCCUACCCAGGCCACCGGAGAGCUCUGUCACAGCCACGCCCGCGUGAACUUCAGAGGCGAAGCAUUUCCCCUACUGUGUCUCGUACCUUGAUAUCUAUGGCUUUUUUGGUUUAUGUCUGUAAGUGAAGGCUUUGGGUGUGGUUUGUCUGUCCUUAAAAGGAAUAGUAAAACUUUUCUGCUGGUAAAAGA